AUGGCAAGUCGAGUCUUUCGACUGCCGUCCGUAUUUUCGGCGGAUUCCGCUCUGGCCCCGGGGCUCAGACGGCAGUCUUGCAAUAGUGCUAAUUUACCUUCGCCGUCGGUGCACGUGCCGUCGAUUUCGGUGCAUCUAAAUGGCUAUCCACCACGUGUCGCUGGCGGGGGAAAUGGUGCCCCAUUCGACCGUGCGGUGCUGCUGCAAAACGGUGGCUCCGGAGUGCGACGCUGUACGGAUGGUGAUUUGGUAAAUAAUUCGAAUCGCAUUGUCAGCGCUGGCGAUAGUGCGUCGCUAGUUAGAGGCGACGAUAAUGAUGGGGUCAAGGUUGACGACGCUUCCGGACCGUUGGGAAUGAUGAAGAGAUUCUGCUCGGAAGGUAUUCUGUCGGCCGCUUCGACGACUUCCGGCUCCAGUGGGACCAAGAGCUCCGUUAACUAUUGGAUGCUGAUGAUUACACCGGUUGUGAGCAGUUUUUCCGUCGCACUGGUGAUAGCGGCAGUGGCCGGUCCCCAGUGGUUACUGACGGAGGAGAAAAUCCCAAACGGAAACUACAACGGAACGAUGAACUACAAUCAGAAGGACGAGGGAGUCUACCUGACGAAAUACACCAAAUCAUCGCUCUGGAAGCUGUGCAGUAAAAUCGGAAGCAGCCUACUGGCGGGGCCGGCAGUUUCCGAGUUCCACUGCGCCACGAUCGACUACUUCCCCCUGGAGGACUACAAUCCGGAUCCGCACGACUCGACGAACGCUAUUCCAUACACGGUAACCCACUCAUCGCCGUUUUUUCUCACCUCCAACCUGGUGCUGGUGAUCAGCUACGUACUGUUCCUGAUGGCCAUGUGCUCGUCGAGGCGCAAAAUCUGUUACUUCGUGUCCGGAGUGCUAUUUAUAAUUUCAGGACUUCUGAUGCUGAUCGGCUUAAUCAUGUACAUCUCGAUAUUGAAGGCCGAAAUCGGCUCGAAACUGCGACCCCGGUCGUCGCUGCAGGCACCACUAUUCACCUUCCGGUACGGCCAAAGCUUUCUCCUGUACGUGUUCGGAUUCAUCAUAACGGAACUGUCCGGCAUUCUGAAUGUGCUCAUUUAUUCCAACCUCCACCAGACGGAAUUCAAUCGUUCACAAACCUAUCCCACCUAUCAGAACUUCUACUCCGGUGGACCGAAAUUUGAACCGCUCAAGCUAGCCCAAAGGACCGACUUUCCACUGUACGACGGGGUCCGUCCGACGCGAUUUUACUUUGACAAAAUCGAUGAUUGCGCUGUCCACCGGCACCGGGUGCGGCAAAAUCUUGUGAAAAGUCUAAACGAACUGUACACGGAACCGGCUCCGGAGAUGCGAAGCAUGGCCACGGCUACUUCGCCGCCGGUGGAAGCGCUUGAAGAUAUUUCUGCUACUUCGCCACUCGAGAUGCUGAAUGAAAGUGGGAAGCUCACGCGAAGCAUUUCAACUUGCACCGAUAUAGUGCAGCGGGAGGAUCAAAGGAGUGAAGAAGACAUCAGGAGUGAUGAGAAUUUGAAGAAUAUUUGUGGUAUUUCGAAACAAUACUUUACAAAGGAACUGUCUAAGGAGAAAAUGUUUAACGAAUUCUGCAAGAAGGUUGGACCACGGCCGAAACCGAAAAAUAUCUACUACAUUGAGGAUGAUGGGAAGGGCACGGAUGGAUUUCAGAAUGUGUUUGUUAUCGAGGGUAAUAACAGCGAUGACGAUAAGUUCAAACGAAGGAGAAGAAACUCGAUGAUGGAAGGUAGCGUACGUACGGAUUCGUUCGAGCGACGACAGAGAAUUAAAUCGGAUAAUUCGCUGGAUCAGGGGCACGGCAUUCGGAACUCUUUCGAAGGUUUAUUGAGAAACAAUUACGAUAUGAGGCAGACACUUCCGAGGAAUUUUAUGAAAAAAAAUUACAAUACUUUUACUGAUAAUGAAUCGGAUAACGAUCGCGGAGGUUUCAACAGUUUGGAUGAUUUGGCCGAUCAGACCGCGUGGAAUCGCAGAAUUUCGGCUAGCGGAAUUUUGGAACCGGUUAGAUUAAAUUCUUCGCAAAACGAUCUUGAUUACCACAACGGAGCUAGGUGGCCAAAAGCAAUCCCGAAAUCAACCACCGACUUCAUUGCUAUGCAGCAAAAACAUCUCCACGUUCCAUCUUCUACGUCGUACGUAGAUUAUGCAGUCCGAUCUCCGGUUCUAAUUCAUCGCAGUUACGGUGAUUUAUCCAGUGCACACACGUAUCAUCAAGUUCCAUCGCAUCAGUACGUUCGCAUUCAACAUCCGGCUGCAUUCGGUUGUGUUCCUCCACCUCCGAAAGGUGGUGGUACACCCUUCACGCCGUUUACGGGGAAGAUGUCACCAGUGUUCGAUUUGGAUAAAAUUGAAAGCGAACGACGUAAGUCGCACUCGCAAUUGUUUCUUAACAGUCCUAGCAAAAUUCCGCCUCCGCCGCCGCACCACUACGACUACGUUAACGGAACGGCUGUUUAG